AUGAAACGAAAAGAACGUAGCUGGAUGUACGAAAGGAAGGUUGGGAAUUCUAUUAAUCCUGAGUUCUUGAAGGGGGUAGAUGAAUUCCUUAAAUAUGUGGAAGAUCAUCCCGAGAGUAGCAACCCGAAUGAAAUACGGUCAAACUUCAUCUGUAUCGCAGCGGUUUUUUACCUAAUUACUACGAGUGGAUGUGUCAUGGGGAAGGGUUUCCAGGAACUCGGGGAGUCAAAUGAAUAUCGUGAAAUGGUUUUGGAUGCCUUUGGUCAGUCUCAAGAUCAAGGCCAUUCCGAAGAGCCACCUGUUUCAUUAGAGGAGGAGCCUAAUGCACAAGCCAAGCCAUUUUUUGAUUUGUUAAGGGCUUCUGAACAACCGUUAUACGAAGGGAGUUCAUUGUAUGUGUUAGAGAUGGCUUCUAGAAUCAGUAGCCUAAAGUCGAUUCCUAACAACAACCACAUGGCCGAGACAUUCUAUGAGGUCAAGAAAAUUGUUAAGGGGUUAGAGCUGCCCCAUGAAAAGAUUCAUGCAUGCCCGAAAGGAUGUAUGUUGUUUUUGAAAGAUGAUGCUCAAUUAUCUACAUGUAGGGUGUGUGGCAGCGACCGAUACAAGAAGACUUCUAAAGGUAGCUUAGUGCCUUUGAAUGUUCUAUUUUAUUUCCCUAUCACACCUAGGUUGCAAAGGCUUUUUGCAACUAAAAACAUUUCUGAGGAAAUGACAUGGCAUGCUAAAAAUCCUCGAGUUCAAGGCACAAUGGCACACCCUAGCGAUAGUGAAGCGUGGAAACACCUAGAUAGUUGCUUUCCUGAGUUUGCCUCUGAACCUCGUAAUGUUCGACUUGGCCUAUGUACGGAUGGAUUUGCUCCACAUGGUCAGUUUGGGGGACAAUAUUCAUGUUGGCCUGUCAUUUUGACCCCUUAUAACUUGCCUCCGUCAAUGUGUAUGAAAAGACAGUUCAUGUUUCUUUCGUUACUCGUUCCUGGUCCUAAAAACCCUAAGGGCAACUUGGAUGUUUACAUGCAGCCGCUCAUACAUGAGUUGAAACAGUUGUGGGAAGUUGGGGCAAAUACUUACGAUAUUUCGAGAAAACAAAAUUUCAAUCUUCGAGCAGCCAUCCUAUGGACCGUUAAUGACUUCCCAGCUUAUGGUAUGUUAUCUGGUUGGACCACAGCCGGUAAGAAGGCUUGUCCAUAUUGCAUGGAGAAAAGCAAAGCAUUUUGGCUCGAAAAUGGUGGUAAGGUUUCUUGGUUUGACUGCCAUCGUCAAUUCCUUCCGACAAAUCAUCCUUUUCGAAAUAGUAAAAAUGCAUUUUGUAAAAACAAAGUCGAAAAAGGUUCACCACCUCACAUCAUGUCAGGAGAGGAACUUUGGGAAUGUGUGAAAAACCUCCCGAAAGCAACAGAUGGCCCCGAGGCACUGAAACGUCUCAAAAAUGAAAAAAAGGGUGGUUCAAGCAAAGCACUCUAUGGGACCUUCCAUAUUGGAAACAUCUGCUUGUUCGUCACAACUUAG